AUGAUCGAGAAGUUCCCAAAGAUUCCUUAUGACCGGGAGCUGGAUAUUGCCUCUCCUGCUGCAUGGCAAGGGGACAUUGAGAUUUGCCUUUCAGAUGCAAAAGGAAUACCGCUGGUCGGCACGCCCUUCUUCAAUGAAGUGAUUUUUUACCACGUGCCCAGUGAGACGCUGAUCACCACUGACAUCUUCUGGAGCUAUCCGGAAGCGAUGCCCGAGGGCUCCAAGUUGUGGAAGCUCCUUGGUCGGACCUUCGCGGGACCUUCACCGCCACCGGUCCUCGCGAGCGAUCGGCGACCGAACCCUCUUCGGCACGCGGGUCAGCCCGACUGGGAGAGGUUUCUGAUGGACAAGAUCUACCUGCCCUUUUACCGACGCCCCGAGCUCAGGGCAAAACAGGAAGUGUGCAGACCUGCGAGGUACACCACGGUACCUGGUACACCCUUUCAACCAGACCGCGAGGAAAACCACUCAUUGGUCGCUGCUGAAAGUCCGAUGCCCCAAGGCUUUAUGCUGAAAGAUGAGGAGCCGCCGAAGCCUUUGCAGCGCAUCUGGCCUGACCGCGACUCGUCGCCCGAUGCCAGAGGCCUGGGCAGCUGGGUGGUUCCAGGCGACGUGGCCAAUGGACACGAGGGCGGCGAGGAGCCCUCGUCCAUUCUGGAUGUCAUCGAGGCAGAUGUUGCCCGGACCUUUCCCAACGACGACAAGUUCCAGGAAGGGCAAAAGGGAGUCCAGCAACGGAGGUUCGAGAUGGGUGGCCCUGACCACCUGCGUCUCGUGCGGUACCGAGCCGCGGCGAAGCGCUGCGCGGUGUUGAGCGAUGGCCGGCCGGGGCGGUGUGCCGCGUGGAAUGAAGACCUGUUGUUGCAGGUGCUGGUGGAGUUGGCCCGUCAGGACAUGGAGUUGGGAUACUGUCAGUCCUUGAACUUCAUCGCUGCCAACUUCCUCAUGGUUUUACACACGCCAGAGAUGGCUGUGAGUGCCGUUCGCCAGUUGAUCAUGAAGCUGCAGACUCGGCAGUGGUACAUGGAGGGCAUGCGCCAGCUUCGUUGGGGCCCCAGGAUGCACACAGAGAUGCUCCGCGAGCGGCUGCCAGCAGUACACCAGGUGCUGGUGCAGCAUCAGUUCGACUUCCUCUUCGUGACCUCGAAAUGGUUCCUGUGCCUUUUUGCGGCCACGCUCUCCGACGAGGUCUUGCGCCGCGUGUGGGACGUGCUCUUGGUGGAUGGGAUCGAGGCGGUGUGGAUCGGGACGUUUGUAGCGAAGCGAGCCGCGGAGGCAGAAGAGAAGCGCUGUCCAUCAGACUCAUCAGACUUCCAAAAGCAUAGCACACAACGUGACGUCGUCAUCGAGGCUUUUGAGGUCAUUGACCACCAGGCAAAGCGUAGUGAAGUUCAGAGGCUUCGAACAGAACUUGCCCAGUUGCAGUUUCUAUCCCAAGAACUUCGACUUCAACUUCAUGCUUUGGGCGCGGAUGAUUCCGUGGUGCCGGAGAAGAUCAGGGCUGGACAUGGAGGUUUGUCCGCUCAAUUUCAUCAGCUACGCUGCCUUUUCGAUUGGCUUGUGAAAGCGGUGAACUUGGAACAACCCAUGGCCUUUGAGUGCGAUGCUGAGCUUCACAUCCGCGGUCGACUGGUACGGCUUCGGCACAUGGUCAGCUGGCCACUACUGGACGGUAUGAGGUUAUCCGUGCCCAGGGAGCUUCAGGAGGAGGUCUUUGGACUGCUGGCGCGGCUGACAUGCAAAACGCGUGGUCUCGGCCGAGACUGCGGAUCCCGAAGAGGUGAUGAAGUAGAAGCUGCAGAAAUAGAUCAAGUAGAGAAAGAACUCCAGAAGCUGCAGAGCACUUGGGAACUCUUGUCUGUAGAGAUGACUUCAGACACCAAGAACCAGGCAGCGCCUUCACCGGCCAUGUUUCUCGUCCACCGACACCGAGAACCAGGCAGCGCCUCCACCGCCAUGGUGGUGGCACGCUGGCCGGAGCCAGGUGUGGGGCGCCCCCCAUUCGAUGUCGAAAGGCAUUUCAGGCGACUCCAAGUGGCCCGAGGCGAACGAGUGGAGGUCGAAUUUGAAGGGACUUGGUUCAGCGGGACCUUGCAAACGCUUCUACCUGGUGCUUGGGCACAGGUGCAGUGUGAUGUUGACUGCCCUGGCAUCAUCACCAUGGCACCACUGUCCUCCUUGCGACGGACCGGACCGGGCAGGUUUGCCUUACAUCAGAAGGCCAUUCUGCCGGAGCAGCAAGCUCAUGGGCAAGACUAUGACUACAUAAGUCGGCAGAGGAAGGGAGAAGUUGGUAAAACAGGAGAAGUGGGCGCGAAGAACGCAACAACCACGGGCACGCCCAUUUGGCAUGAGUGCCCAUCGGCCGACUGGACUUGGAUCAGCGACGCAGGCGCUCUGCAGAUGCGACGCUUGGACGAAGCGGCAGAUGCCCGAGCGGAGAUGAGGGCCACGCAGCUCCGGUUGUCGUGGCAGUACUACAAGAGCUUGGAUUGCAUGUCCCAGCACCUUUUUGCCACAGACACCUCAGAGAUGGUGAAGGCUUCCCAGUUCCGCGCGUCCGCGCGACGCAAGUGCUGGCAUGUUCGGAAUGACGUAUCGAAAUGCAAACCUUGGGUCAUGACACUUCGGAUUGAAAUCAAUGGCCUUGAGCCCAAAGUGGCCCUCCGGUCGAUCAACAGUGGUGACUUUCGCCGUGUCAGAUGCUUUCAUUUGCCUACGGGUGUGGAACACAACAAAACCACCGUGCUGGCAGGGUAUCAAGAUCUUUUGGCUGAAGCUGGUCGCCAUGAUGUGGAUGAGGAGCGCAGUGAGAUACACUUUCAGAGUGUGAUCCUCUUUCACGAUGUGCCUUUGGAGCGGAACAUGGAGAAGCUCAUGGGGGUCACAGGGCAGAUCCACGACUUCAACUACGACGAGCUCCCACCCUUUAAGCAGCUCUUGCAGCCCAAUGCCUUUUGUCCUGAAGAUGCUUUUCCAGUGGCAGUGAAGGAGCUCAAGGUGAGUCUUUUUGAGGAUGCAUGCCGACUACUCGCUGGCACGGGUGUCCUGGAUUUCUUGGAGAGGCUCUUUUUGGUCAAGGGCUUGAUCAUGGUGAUGCCAUCAUGCUUGAUCAUACUUGAUCCAGAUCAACCGACUGUCAUCGGAAUGUGUUGA